AUUAGUGUAGAUGCUCUAAAUUCCGGCAGGGCUGAAAACAUAAACCAAAAUACAGGAAAUACGUGUGGCGUAAAUUUCCAGCGGAUCGAAUUUUGAAAAUCCGUGCUGCUAAAUAUUAACACAUGCAGUAAUUUCGUAAUGAAAGGGAUAGUACCUUUAUAAUCUUUUACUUUUAUACAUCAGUAAUCUAUUUUGUCAGGUUCCUGUAAAAUGCACUUGGAAGAUUAUCUUGUCAAGGCACCACCAACAGUGUAUUAUAUACCAGAUUUUAUAACACUGGAUGAGGAGAAACGGAUAAUUGAACAUGUCAACUCGGCCCCGAAGCCAAAAUGGACACAGCUUUCACAUCGUCGAUUGCAGAACUGGGGAGGAAUUCCUCAUCCAAAGGGCAUGAUAGCAGAAAAGUUACCUGAGUGGCUGUUGGUGUUUACGGACAAGAUCGGCAAGCUCGGUUUGUUUGGCGGGAAACAGCCAAAUCAUGUCUUAGUGAACGAGUACUUGCCCGGUCAAGGCAUCAUGCCGCAUCUGGAUGGACCACUGUUUUAUCCAACUGUGACUACCAUCAGCUGUGGAUCUCACGCUGUGCUGAACUUCUACGUCCCUUGCCAGUCAGACAGAGUGGAUAUGCAAUCAGCGGACGAUUUGAGGGUGGCAUCGCUGCUACUGGAAAGGCGCAGUUUGGUGGUGUUGGAGGAUGACAUGUACGUCGGAUACCUGCACGGCAUCGCGGAGGUGGAGAAUGACAUCGUGAACGGUUCAGAGGCAAACCUGGAACUGUGUAGUGGCCGGUACGCAAGCGGCGCAGAGCUACAACGGACCGCGCGCAUCUCGCUCACUGUGCGCCAUGUCCCGCGCACUACCAAACUGUGUAUACAAGUGGGCAGAUGAUGUAGAAUGCCACGCCUACUGUCACCUUGUGAAAAAAGUUGUGAGGUGCGGACGUCUGUGCUCGACGGCCACGGAGACUGUCCGACACGGUGUUGCUCCGGCAAAUAAUUCUUUUUGGUAGAAACCAUAGCAAAAUGUUCCCUUAGUUAUUCUGACGUGACGUCACCCAAUGAAACCAAAGAGGACAGCAGCACUGUAAGAUCAGAAAAUGUCUUAGGACGGAGAUUAAAAAGAGCACUGGCCCUGAACACCAUUAAUAAACGGAGUUAUUAUAUGUUUUCAGACAUUAAUAAUUAAGAUUAGGAUGAAACUGGAUUAAUAUCUGUAGUCAUUAUUCGAUGAAUAAAGAACCUUCUAAUGGAAA